GACUUCACAUUCUGUUCAACUCACAUGUGUUUUAACCUUUGUUAAAUUUAUAGUAAAAUUAUCACCACUGUUUUAUUAAAACUUUACCACAAAUUUUGCACACUACCCAAUUUAAAAACGCGCGGCAUCAAUACUCUGAGCCAUAAUGACGUCGAUUGUGGAGAUGCCAAAGGCGAAUUUGGAUGAGGCCUUGCCGCCAUGGAUGAAGAUAGACUGGUCGGACGAGGUGCUCCACGACAUAUACCGGGACUGGGGAACAUACUACUCCCGUCGCCGCCGAGAGAACUUCGCCCUGCACUAUCUGAACAAGGCACUCGCCUUGGAGCCCACGGAUCACAUGACGCUGUAUAAACGGUGCCAGAGCAAGAGGAAGGCUGCCCAGAUGUUGGGUGCCCUGGCCGACAGUCGGGAUGCUGCCAAACUGGCCCUUAAGGUGGAUGGCGAGGAGAAGGCCAUAAUCAACCUUGACAUUUGUGACGUGCUUUACGAAUUAAACCAGUUUGAAAACAGCAAGGCCGAGAUGCACAAUAACAUGCGAAUCUUUAUUGGCAAUAAGAGGAACAGCUUUGUGCAGCGCCAGCUGGUGGUGGAUGGGGUGAUCAAAGACGUAACUGGAGAGGCCAUGUCGGCCUUCUUCACGAAGAAUCUAAAGACGGUCAGCAUUGUGCACGACCUCAUCAAGGAGAGGGAAAGGAUCGACGAUCGGCCUCUGUGGAAGAUCCUGAAGGAGCAGGGCAAAUGUGAUGUGCAGAGCAUUCCGGAGGUCCCGGAGGAACUCCUAUCGCCGAUGGAGAUUGCCCGCCGGAAGCGGGCCUUCAACAUCUUUCACCAGUCGUACAUCAACGACUCCUGGAUCGAUGUGCUCUUCAUGAAGAUGCUCUGCAAGAAUCCCAACCUUCUGCUGUCCCAGUGCAAGGAAUCCUCGUACUUCCUUCAGAAUCUCUCUAGCAAACAGUACGAAAUCGUUCGUAAGUUUAUGAAAAUGCUGCAAUCUCGUUGCCCACUCUACCUGGUCAACUACCUGAAAUACCGCAAUAAGGCCAUGUCGGACAGAUACCGAGAGGCCUACCUGUUCCGCGUACAGUAUCAGACACAUCGUAACAUGAAUCAGGCCUUGAAGCAAAUCCGGGUACUUCGUAAAGCCAAGAAGGUGCAGCAACUGGCCAAAUUCGUGGAGGAGCUUAUGGGAUCAUAUGUGGUGCUGAAAACAGCCCGUGUGAUGUGCUGGAAAUUCGAGUUCCUCAACGAGGUCUACAACACAAUGGCUUUGGCUCUAUCCGAACAACUUCGAGUGCCAAAAGGUUUUAUACCUCAAGGUACUAAUGGAAUAUUGAGGUUACUGCGAUUGCCGGUGGAGAGAAUAAAGGACUUUGUUUCACUGACAUUUGGAGAUCGACAACCGGAGCCUGAGGGUAACGAUCCAGCGACCACACGGGCCAAAAAGCUGACUGCCCGGCUGGAACAUCGAAUGGUUUUUGCCAAGUAUUCAAUUGAAAAAUGUUAUCUGUUGCAUCAGAUUUCCCAGUCGUAUUUGGACCAAGGACGUCAUUCCGAGUGUGCUUUUAACGCUCGCAAGGCAAUCAAAGAGAGCAAGAACUGCAAUAGCAACCUGUGGAAGUUCCUCAGCGUGGUUCAGAUAGUCAAGGCCAAUGCGAUUCUUCACAAACUGGAGCAGACUAAGGAAGCCCUGGACGAUGCCCUGCCCAUCGCCCAUAGCCUCGGAGCUCCGGAGUUGGUUCUCUUCAUAGAGAACUGCAUGAUGUGCAACACGGAGGAGUCGAUAAACAAAAGGGCCACCCUAAUGCAGUCUCGGCGGGUUAGCAAAUCCGAAUCGGUGGCCACCCACUCCUUAGUUAGCGGUCAGGAGAAUGAGGAGGGUUCCCAAGGAUAUAAGUCGGCAUAACUGCCGAUUUAAUGUUUAGCAUUAAUUUGACAUUCGUUACUAAUGUUUGGAGUAAGUUUACACUUGGCAAAUA